AUGUUGGAAUAUAUGAGAGAGCGAAAAAAGUAUGGGAACAACAUCCCCAAAAGUUUAUCAUCUAAAAUAAAUAAAAGCAAAAUAAUACAAAAGAAUAUAUGUUCAAAUUAUAAAACUAUAAAAAUAAUUGAUAUAUAUGAGAAUUUACCUUUUAAUCAAUUAAAUAAUGAAAGAACAAAAAUUAAAGAAAUAAUUUUAGCAAAAGAUGUUAUUGUAGUUUUGUUAAUCUCGGGGAUAUCAAGAGCUUAUGAUAUAAUAAGUGGUUUAUUUUUAUGUGAAAUAAAUCCAAAUACAUUUUCAGUAGUUCAUACAAUAGUAUAUAAUUCAUACAAUAAUACUUUGAUAGUGGCUUAUGCUUCCUUUCCUGCUCAUUUACAAUGCAAAAUAAUAAAUUAUAAUGAUUUAAAGGUUGGAAAGACAAAUUCUUCAGAGCUUGGAACAUUAUUUGAAAAAGUGAUACUUAGUCAUCCUGCAUUUUUCGAGUUUUGUGAAACAAAUGGGAGAAUAGGAGCAGCAAACUUAAAUACUAAUUCGUAUACUUUUUGGGAUAUGAAAACAUAUGAGAAAGUGUUUGAAAUUGCAGAAGAAUUUCAAGAAAUAAGGGUUUCUGAUGGGCUGGUUGCCAUGUUUAAACAACCGAUAAAUAGCACAAUCCCCUUAGCUUUAUUUGACAUAGAAAAUGGAGAGAGAUUGGUGGAUACCACUAUAUCCAUUUUGCCUAGGAGGGAAAUGCAAUUCCUUGAACUUCUUGUUUCAAAACUUUUGAUAAAGCAAGAAGGAUCAUCAUUGCGAAUAUACGAUUUAUUGAAAAAGACUCGGCAAAAAGUGAAAAAUACAUAUGCAUUUCAACCUACUGCUUUUGUAUUCUACGAUCACCCAUCGCCGAUAAACGGGAAAGUCUACAACAAUGAAAUAAGUAAAAAGUUUUUUACAAUAUCAAACGAUUUGAUCGAAUUUUGGGAUUUAGACUCAUUUAUGUUAAGGAAAAUGUAUUCCAUAUAUGUGCCAGGGUUAAGAGACCCAGAUUUAUGCAACCACAGCUUAAUGACUGAAAUAUUAUGUUUAUAUAGUUCAAAUGCUUUUGAAAAAAUAAAAAAAUAUGAAAAUUUGUUUAAAUAUAAUGAUUGUGGUUAUGUUAAAAAUAAUGAAUUUGAUGAAAUUGAAAUAUAUAAGGAAUUAAAGAAUAGUGAAAAUAAAAAUAAUAUUUUAUAUAAGAAUAUUAAAAAUAAUAAAUUAAAAAUAAAUAUAAAUAAUGAAAAACUUGAUUUUGGAGCCCUUUUAUUUUUUUCAUUAAAUGAUGGCGAAUUUUUAAGUUAUAUUUCUGAAAAUGUGUGUGGAAAUUCUGUAGAGGUACUUGCCUCUAACAAUAACAUGACGACUAUUAUAUGUGGGGAUGAUCAGGGUUUUGUUCGAAUUUUAAGAAAUAAUCCCAAAUUUGACGAUUUUGAAAUAAAAGAGGAAAACUCAAUGAAGAAUAUGAAUGACAAAAAGGAAUAUAAUGAUGAGUUAAUGGUGUCUAAGCAAUUGUAUAUUGAAGAGGAAGAAGAAGAAGAUGCCGAUAAAAAAAAAAUAUACCAAAUUAAACGAAAAAAAACAGAAUAUUAUAAAAAUGAAUUAUUAAAAAAAUUAAAAACCAGAGAUUUUUCUGAUAAUAAUGCUGAGCAUAAGCAAGUUUAG